AUGUCAGCCUUUGACCGUGAAGAGGAAUACUUUCAAUUUGCUUUGGAAGUGACCAAAAAAGCUGGUCAUUUGGUCAAGACCGCGUUUGCCAAGCAUGAGAGCGCAGUUACCACGAAAGCAUCGGCCACGGAUUUGGUGACCGAAACUGAUAAGGCGGUGGAAGAGCUGUUGAUCAAGAGUAUCUCCGAGAAAUAUCCUGAUCAUCAGUAAGGAGAUUUGUUACCUAAAGUUUCAUUAUAAAAUCUAAUAUCUGUUAUAUUGACUAUAGCGAGAGUUUAUUCAAAUUUUUUGUUGAUUAUGACGAUUUUUUAAAUGAUAUAAGAUUUUACAUUAUCUAUUCAUUUUCCAGAUUUAUUGGUGAGGAAUCCGUUGCCGCGGGCAAAAGAUCCCCCUGGACCGACGCCCCAACCUGGAUCAUCGACCCAAUCGAUGGUACCACCAACUUUGUGCACCGAAUCCCGUUUGUGGCCAUUUGUGUUGGCCUUACCAUUAACAAAGAGUUAAGGGCGGGUAUAGUGUACAACCCCAUCACCGAAGAGCUUUUCACCGCCCUCAGAGGACGUGGAGCUCUGAAGAAUGGAUUCCCAAUUCAUGUUAGCAAGACUUCAGGUAGGAUAAGGCUAGCUUGACUACAAGACGCUAUAACUUUCCUUACAGACAAUAUUGCAAACUGAAUUUUUGGUAGAAGCAGUACCAUACUAUGGUACUUAAAAUAGUAUAAAAAUUUUUUCUUUUUGUUGUUUGUAAUGAAAGUUAUUUCGUUUUUAGUAGCAACGUCCCAGAAAUGGCAAUAACUUUCUCUACAAAAUCAAAAAAUGGAAAUUUUUUGUGACAAUACAAACGUUAUGGUUUUUUAAAAUAAAAAAAAAGUUUAUCACCUUUAUAUACCUAAAAUGACCAUCCAAAUUUAGAAUUUAACAAGUCGGUUAUUUGCACCAGUUUGGGGAUACACAACAUCGUUGAGAAGGGUCAACAAUGGCUUGACAUUGCACUCGACAAUCACCGCCGAUCGGUGGCCGCCGGAGUUCGAGGGUGUGUUUUCGUAUUUUACGUUGGCUUAAUGUCCAAUAACUAUAAGUUGGUUUCUCGUCAAAAUACUAGGCUUUACCAUAGUAAAAUGAGAAGCCCAAAAAGUUAAGUGGAAACAAAGUUAUUGCGGAUUUAUAGCCUAAAAUGAAGGAAAAACAGUGAAAAUGUUGAUAAAUGAGCGAUGCGUAUCCCCAAAAUGGUUGGAAAUGGCUGCAAAUUUAAUAUGAUGCCAAAAUUAAUGUUAUCUUUCGAUUGUCAAGUUUAAACUUGUGUUGUAGUACUUUCUGACGCCGUGGUACUAGCUCAAUUGGGUGCGGACAGAUGUCCCGAACAGCUUCGCUCAUUUGUCAACAAUUUCACCGCUUUAAUGGUCGAUAAAAACUGUCAUGGGUAGGAUUGUUAUUGUAGAUAUAUUGUAGUAGGUCUAUUGUAGUCGGUUAUCAUAGCAUAGCGUUUUGAGUUUUGAACUACAGUAUUUGUGUUUGGAAUGAAAAAAUGGGGUUUUAGCUAAAAAUUUAGAUUCAUGUUAAGGGUUGUUACAAAAAGCGCGAUAACUUUGUUUCCAGCUGGGCUUUUUGAAAAAUUUUAAAAGAUAUCUUACAAGGAAAGUGCCCGACCUGCCCCACUCUUAUUGACUUCAAACUUUUUAUAAAGAAAGAUCAUGUAAAUAUAAGAUCUUCAGCAAAGUACUAAAUCGCGCUUUUCAGGAAAUCUCGAGAAAAUCGAGAUUAAAAAAUGACUUUUUGAAUUUCCUUUCAAAUUGGCAUUGUGUUUCAAGCUUGUAACUUUGUCAUUUUUUGGCUUUUAAGAAUUUUUCUUUGAUAUACUAGUAGAAAACCGUUAAAUGAACCUACAUUUUUAAAUUUGUAAGCGUAUCUUGUCUGGAAAGCGGAAAAAAGUGCUUGGAACACAAUGCCAAAGUUGCCAAAUUGGCGGGAAACAGGGACGUCGUUUGGGGGGGGGGAGGGGGGCAGGGGGGGGUACCCCCCCUCCAGAGCCGAUCCAAAAAAAAUUCCACAGGUAGGUACCUGUACGCGGAAAAACGAAAAAAAAAAUUUUUGAAAAAUCGGUCCACAGGUAGCUAGCUACCUGUGGACCAAAAAAAAUUUUUUCGACCUCCCCCCCCCCAGAGAAAAACCGUAGCGACGUCCCUGGCGGGAAACCCAAAUAAUUUAAAUUUAAAACUCAAAAGCGCGAGCUAAAAUUUCUUAUGGGUACUAUUGGUGGUACAAGGAAUUCACAUAAAAAUUUUGAGCUGAAUCUGAGCGGGGCAGGUAGGGUACUUUCCUUGUUAGCUAGUUGCAUACUGUUUGAUAUUUGCUGUAAUUUGUGCAUUUUCAAUUUUUGUAAACAAAGUAAUUGCGUUUUUCCUACACCCUGCCUUGGAUAUGCGCAAAUCUCCUGGAAAAACGCAGUAACUUUCUUUCCACGAGCCCAUUUCAGAAAAUAUUCAAAAGUCUAAUUUACCAUGCCUUUCUAACUCUAAAAACCUCAUUUCAGCCACCGCGCCUUCGGCUCGGCCGCCAUCAACAUGGUGUAUGUUGCUCAAGGUUCAGUAGACGCGUAUGUUGAAUAUGGUAUUCAUUCAUGGGACAUUGCCGCGGCCGCGAUUAUCGUGCAGGAAGCGGGCGGUGUUGUGAUUGACCCGACUGGUAGUGAGUUCAAUUUGAUGGCUAGAAAGGUGUUGUGUGGCGCUUCGAAGCCGUUGGUGCAGGAAAUGAGCAAGAUCUUGACUCAUGUUGAGUUUGAGCCUGAGCUUUAA